UUGGCCAGUAGAGGACUCUAACAUUCCUUAUGUGUAGGGUAAAUCAUUUAUAAAUAGUGGUGACCAUCAUGGUGACUCAUUGUACUUUCCCCAGAAUACUAAAUAACUCAGAAAGUGUAGAACUUCCUUAUGGACACAAUUGUACAGAGCUAAGUUCAAUUAAAUACUUAUCACAUUGCUCUCGGCGCACAACUGUUUCCCGAACCUGUAUGGGUGGGGCACUAGGACCCAUAGCCGAGUUCUCCAGCAGUGCCCUACUAUUGCCAAUGAUAGCGCACCUCUUCCACUCUCUAGCCACCGUUUGCACGUGUCUGUGAUCCGAAGUGGAUAUGGCCGCGAACCGGGUCGGGAGGAGGUGUAACAACAAGGUCCAUUCCCCGAGUAGGGGUCCAGGUAGGGACCCGGGGCUUAGCUUGCAGAAGAGGCAAGCACGGGUCACGGUAAAGUACAACAGAAAGGAGCUCCAAAGACGCUUGGAUGUGGAGAAGUGGAUUGACUGUAGUCUGGACGAGCUCUAUUUGGGCAGGGAGGAGGAGAUGCCAGAGGAGGUGAACAUUGACGAGCUGUUAGACCUGAAGAGUGACGAGGAGAGAACGCACAGGCUCCAGGAAAUGUUUCUCACGUGCAAUAACACAGAGGUUUUCAUCAAGGAGCUGGUGUUGAAACUCCAUGGGCUGCAGAAACAGGAGGACCUCCACAACAAUGGCAUCGAACAACCCCAGCUACACAUCUUCCCCAACCGGCAAAACUCUGCAGACCGAGAGGUGAUCUGAAGGCCCUGUUAUGUUACCCUUCAACCCCAGAGCCCGACUCCCCGUUCCUCAGCCUGAUGCCACGGACCUCAUCUGAAAAACAUGGGGUCUUGCUGGUCUUUACACUGUGCUCUACACACUGUGCUCUACACAUCAAACAGCUAGCCAGAUGUGACAACUUAUAACAAACUUUGCAGACACCUUAUCUUCUGUCCACACACACACACAACCACAAUGCACAGGCAGUCUCUGCAACAUUUGUACCUCUACGAUGUCAAAUGAAUUCAGUUUUAUUUUUGUCAACUCCGUGUCUGAAAUAUGCUGCUCUCUGUUGGAUCGCUACUUGUGUUCUGUGUUUCCUUGAAUUGCUUUUAUUGGGAAACUCAUUAGGGUAUCGACUGUUGGUCAGUGGGUCUUAUGUUGUGAGAUGCACCUCUGAUUCUGUUUAGCUCAUAAACCAGAACCAAAGAGUCCAGCAAUGUACUGUAGAUGCCAAUGUCAGUCUGAAGGUAAUAAAGACUCUAUAGAGCUCUUCAUAUACCCCAAUGGGUUAGUCAACGGUUCCUCGCUAUAAGCAGGUCUACCAUAUUUUCAAACUGCAUCCAGUAACAGAAGAGACAAUAGCUCAUGAGGUCAACUGAAAAAAAAUAUAUAUAUUAAAAAGGGGAGAAAUAUUGUUGUGAUAUUCCCAAUGAUUUGAAUGACCAUAUAGAUAAUAAUACAAAGGAUAUUUUUUAUGAAGACCAAGCAAUAUGGCUUGGUAGGUUGUCAACUGCCACUCAAAGAUGGUUUCGAUUUGGUUUUGAUUUCGAUUGCUAUUAAGAAUAAUUUAAGAUAACAUUUAAGCUGUCAGGAACACCAGGUCAUUUAUUUCUUACCAAAUUGUAUAUCUGUAGAGGAUUUUCAGUCAGCUGAAGGAUAGAAACCCAACUGCUUUACUGUACUCCUAUGUGCCACCUCAGGUACACAAAUGUUUCCUAAUGUUUAAAAACUUCAACACGGUUUGUAAAUGUGUAGAUCUCGGUUGGUUGUAUUGGUUUAAAUACAUUUUGAAUUCAAUGUUUCCUAGAGUAACUUUGAAUCAUUACCAACAUAGUGUUUUAUAGAUUAAAGGCUGUAUUUACAUGCUGCUGUACCAUAGAGAAGGCCCGUGUUUAAAAAAUAAUAAUAAUUACGCUAUGAGUCGUAUGGAUAAACAGCGCCCUCUUCUGGCUAAAUGUACUGAAUAAUUUACAACAUUACAUUUUGGCAUGACAGUACUCUACACGCAUUUGACAAACAGGGUGUUUAUUUAAUCCCAUAGGGGUCAACCCAUUUACUAACAUUGUAAAUAGAUUGCUAGGGUGUGACUGAGGGUAGGUAGAUAGAUAGAAGCCUAUGAUGCUAACUGAAGUGUCAGCCUGAGGAUGCAUGUAAUAUCAGAGACGGGUCAGAUUUUUCAAGCACCCAUAACUUUAUCAUAGCAAUCAUACAGUAUGAACUAUUGCUCAAACCAAUCCAAUACUAUCUAAUCUGACAGACUGUCAUGGUUCAUUGGAAUAACCUGUAGAUGGCAGGAGAACACAAGUCAACAUUUCCUUUCAUUAUAUUAAGGACACCAUAGAGUCAGCUUCAGGAACGUCUUUAGUAAGAUACAACCGCUUACAGAGCAUUAUGGGUACUGUAGUACAUCAUGGGGCAUCUCUUUUUAGCUCAGCAUCAUGCUACGGACAUUAGCCUCAAUUUAACAAUUUUCUGUGGAAUUUUCCGUUGCUCAAAAAACGCUCUGUGUAUGUAUAUGCCUGUUUGUUGCUGAAGCUCCGCUGUUCCCCCAGACACAGACCAACCAGGCUCAACACACCUUUGUCUAUGUUUGUGAAGUAAACAUGACAAAUUCCACCCGGCGUUAAGGACUUCUGGUCUGAAAGGUGCACAUUUCGAAAUGUCUUCGUGUGUCAUGAUCAUGGAAUCAGAUGGACUUGUGAAGUGAACUUUCCCCGUUGACAUGAUGGUUUGUUAUGCGUAUGCAUUUAGACCUUGUAAGGGUCGUUCCACAAAAUGAUUGCCUUCUGCGUCCCUUUGAUAUUUGAAGUAGAAAUUGUCCACAACUAUUGCAUUUUAAAAGCCGGUUAUAUUAAUAAAUGCCCCUUUAAUACAGACUACAUACAUUAUUGCUAUUUAAAAUUUGAUUUUUUUUAAUUGAGACUUGCUAAAGUGUCAAAAUUCAGCAUUUUGACAUGUCCCUCCUUGCACCCUCUGUGACUUCUAGGAAGAUUUUAACCCACUUAAUCUGCAAAUUUCUCCCAAGUUUUCACAUCAUUGUAUUUUGUUGCUUUGACAAAGUCAAAGUCAUUUCUGAAAAUGAUGAUUUCUUUAAUGUGAUUAGUGAAUAAUUUAUGUCUACCUCAUUUGAAAGUCAACCCUGUAACGUGAACUGAACUCUCGUUUUUAUGUGGUGAAACUAUUCCUUUUCAAAUAUUCUUUUCUCUCAAAAUAAACAUUGAACAUCUAACCAAACAUUGAACAUUUAGUCAAACAUAGAGUAAAAGCAGGUGAGCUGGUUCUACUAUUUUUGGCUAUGUUCUGGUGUUUUGUGGUGGGGAAAUGAGCGGGUCGAACAUAAGAUGUCAACCCUGUUACCCGUAGUUAGACAGGCUGUAAAUGUCAAAAUAAAUAAUAAAAUAAAAAUUGUUACGCUUAA